GCGCAAACCAGCCGCCUGACUGUGCGUCAGUGUGCGUGUGCAGACUGUGGCGCGUGUUCUCUGCUUCUCUACCGUCGCGUUAAAGAGCGUUUACAGCAAACACAAGUUUGAUCCACGGCUGAAACAACAAGCGCCAUGGCUGCUCUGUCAGGAGGAGAGACGUGCAUCAAAUACCUCAUGUUCGCCUUCAACCUGGUCUUCUGGCUUGCAGGUACGGCUGUGUUUGCUGUCGGCCUUUGGCUGCGAUUAGACCCGAAGACCAAAGGCCUGUUUGAAGGAGAAGACUCUCCGUCCGUGUUUUACACAGGUGUGUAUAUCCUGAUAGCGGCUGGAGCACUGAUGAUGGCGGUGGGGUUUCUCGGAUGUUGUGGGGCGAUCCAAGAGUCCCCCUGUAUGCUGGGAACGUUCUUCGCCGUCCUGCUCGUCAUAUUUGCCGUCCUGGUUGCCGCUGGAAUCUGGGGAUUUUCCAAUCAGAGCAAAGUGGUGAAUGACAUCACAGCAUUUUACCGGCAGACCUACAACAACUACAAGACGACGGGAGACGAGCGGCUCAGAGAGACACUGCGGCUCAUUCAGAGUGGACUGAAGUGCUGCGGUCCAAACGGAGCCCUGCUGGAUGACGACAAAGACACCUGUCCCCGUGGAGACCUGCUGGAGCAGCUCAUUACUAAGAGCUGUCCUGAUGCCAUCGACGAGGUCUUUGACUCCAAGCUACACAUCAUCGGAGGAGUGGGCAUUGCCAUUGGAAUUGUCAUGGUGUUCGGGAUGAUCUUUAGCAUGCUCCUGUGCUGCGCCAUCAGGAAAUCUCGGGAAGUGGUGUGAUGACCUCUGACCUGCACGUCACAGUUCCUGGUUUAUGUUGCAUGACAUCAUUCCUAGAGUCAGCGACUCUCCACUUCUAAUAGAAACACUGUUUUGUUCACGGGGGGGGGGGGGG